AUGGAGGUAGGCAGCGGCGGUCACGGCGGAGGAAGUGUCCGGCAGGACCUCGCCCUCGACCUACCCCCGCGGCUGCAGCUUCCGGAUGGCGAGGAACGUCCGUACGGAGCGCACACCGCCCUUCACCUGCGCGACCCGGAGCAGGAGAGCGAGAUAUACCAGAAGUGCGUGCGACCGCCGCCAAAUCGGACGGUGUUCGACAGCGAGAGUCCGCCACCUUACCGAAGCCAGUCCGCGCUGCUGGACGCGCCAGAACGGCUAGUGCGUUGCCACAGCGCGGGCAGUUCCCUGCUGAGGGUGUUCCGGAAGUUCCCAAGCCCGGGCAGCUCGACGCCCGCCGUGGUGGUGCCGCCCAGGAGACCGACCCUGUCCAGUUAUUCCGAGUCCAGUAGCAACCUGAGCAACCUGUCCAGUCUGACGGUGGUCCCGUGCGAGGCGGACGAGAGCCACCAGCACCAGCACCAACACCACCAGCACCACCAUCAGCAGCCGCCGCAUCAGCACCAGCAGCAGCACGUCUGAUCCGAGGCACGGCCAAGAAGGAGAGCACUCGAGGCCACAACGACAACCGCGUCGGGGAGCAGCGAGUUCCUCGAGGUCGACGGACGAGCGAGGAUCAUCUCGUGGAAACGGCGACGAGCCAUCCCAGCCGUGGCGGAGCGAGGGGUCGACGACGCGCAGAAGGACACUGCAGCCUCUGCCACAGCUACCCAGGUCGUCGUGCUUGUUCUGCCCUCCUCGAGAAUCCUCCACCCGUCGAGGAUCCCUCAAGACUGACUCGCAGGAGAAACUUGGUUCGGCCAGCUGACGAUGCCUCGUUAUCGCGUGGACAGCCGUGGUGGUGGUGGACCAGGCGCCAGCCGGAGAGUCUCGCCGACAAACGAGACCAGGAGAAGAGAAGACCGAGCGAGAAUUCCAGGAAUGAUCCUCCUCCUCCUUCUCCACCAGCCACUUCUCCGGCUCUAGCUCUAGCUGUCGGCCUCCUCCUUCGGACUCCGUUUGGAUGGUCCUCCAGCUGGAUUCGGAAGAGGAGCGUCCUCGCCCGGAGGCUGAUCGUCGAGUCAAGCGGACAUGUCUGGAGAGAGAUAGAGACAGAAGAUCAGGCUACGAGCUGCGUUCGUGGAUCGGUUCCUUCCCGUCGGUGCUUCAGGUGCUCGAUGCCCCUAACGGCAAUCCUACGUGGCCAGUCUCUAGUCUAGAUCUCAAACGAUUCCAAAGUAACGUAAGCGAGGCACAGGGUUAGUCUUGUACAUGUAGCUAAAAGAGGCGAUGAGCUGAGGUGGCCCACAUUGGCACGAGUCACGGGACGAGUCCAGAGGGUUCAACGGGGGACCUGUACGGUCCUAUGGAUGACAUAGACACCUAACAUUGGAGAUGGGAGAGAGGAGCAAAAGUCGAGGAUGAAAAUGGACGAAGCUACCGGGAUUCACGAAGCAGCUCUAGCUUUUUUUGGGGAAAGAAGAGACGUUUUAUCCUCUGGGAGAGGGAGAGAGAGUUGGAGGGGAGUAAGAGUGACAGACGACGGCCAUCGUGGAUGCUGGUCAUGGAAGACAAGGCGCGUUGUGACGAUGAGAGGAAGCCGGGAAUGUGCGCUGCGCCCGUUCGCUGCCGACUGACAACGCGAUUAGAUCAACGGGACGAUUCUGAUCAUCGAGUAUAUAUAUGUAUAUGUAUAUGUACAUGUAUAUCGUUUUUUGGAAGUUUGUUUCGCUGCGAAAAAGACUUAGUAAAUUAUUUAUUGGCGAUAAUUCGCGGGCCGCUCCGCAGAGGAGCGCGCGACAAAGCGGAAGAAAAUACGUGGUGAAGCGGACGACGCGACCACGCGCUAGAUUAAAUGAAUGUAUCAGCGUGCGAAUGAUGCGUCUCGGUUGUAUGUAUGCGUAUGCGUUGGCGUGUGAAUGCGUGUAGAAAGAGCGAGAGGGAAAAUAAAAGGGAAGAUAGAGGUCCCGUGGAGAACGUGGGUCCAGGUGAAAGGAUAGAAGAGAGAGAGCGGGAGAGAUUGAUAGAGGGAAACAGAGGGAGGAAAUAUCAUUGAGAGUAACGCGACGCAGGGGUAACAAGAAGAGGAAUUUUCUGAAUGGCUGAUGGCGCGAUUCCGUGGAGCGUAAAUGGGAGCAAAGGAUGUGAAAGCGUGAGAGUGACGGAGGAAAAGUAGUGCCAAGAGCGUUGAAAAAGGGAAGAAGAAGAAGAAGAUGAAGGAGAUGAAGAGGAGGGAAGAGAAGAGAAAG